AUGAAAUUAUUCAUUGUCGGUCUUCUAAUAACGGUCAUAGUUAUAGUAGAAUGUUCUCAUACUUUUAUGGGCACAAGUGUUCAAAGAGAACUGGCUUUUCAUAAGGCCGUCAAAUACAGCGCCUACUUGUUCCAGAAACGGAUAGAAUAUUUAAAUGUUACAAUUCCGAAUAAUCGUUUACAAUACGGGCGAUAUAUUACGGGCAUUUUGGCUUAUGACUUAACUAAUUCCGGAGCUUCGACCAACGUGACUGCGGGUGGACUUGGCUACACCUUUGUUAACCUCCGCAUGAAAAGCGACAGGGGAAAAGAUUUGCGUUAUGAUAUUUAUGUCUAUAUAUAA